AUGCAAAAUUUGAAAAAUUUGAUCCGUUUUUACAUUCAUAAAAAUAAUAUCCAACUUAAAUAGUUUAACCAAUAUAUUUAUAUUCUGAAAAUUUUGAGGAGGUAGCACAGUAAAUGA